UCUAAGGUCCCAAUUGUGCCUAUACUAUCCCUUCUUUAUUUCAUAGCUUUGCACUAGCAAGAUGUUCAAAAUGGUUUACUUGUGCUUGGUCUUGCUUCACAUUUUCUUGAGCUUUGUUCCAAUUCAAUCAGCACCAAGAAAGUCUUUAAUAACCAAACUUCCUGGCUUCAGUGGUAUUAUACCUUCCAAGCACUAUGCUGGGUACGUGACAUUGGAUAAAAUUCAUGGCAAAAACUUGUACUACUAUUUUGUUGAAUCAGAAGGAAAUCCUUCAAAGGACCCUCUUGUUCUAUGGCUUAAUGGUGGACCUGCAUGUUCUAGCUUUGAUGGCUUCAUAUAUGAACAUGGUCCUUUUAAUUUUAUAAAACCAAAAACUAAGGGAACCUUGCCUACAUUGCAACUCAAUCCAUACAGCUGGUCAAAGGUUUCCAACAUUAUAUAUUUGGACUCCCCUGUUGGAACUGGGUUUUCUUACUCAAGGAAUGAAUCUGAUUACUAUACUGGUGAUACAAAGACUGCUUUUGAUACUCAUACUUUUCUCCUCCAGUGGUUUAAAUUAUACCCUGAGUUUCUUGCCAACCCAUUAUUCAUUGCUGGAGAAUCUUAUGCUGGAAUUUAUGUACCUACUCUUGCUGAUAAAAUAGUAGAAGGAAUUGAAGCUGGUAUCAAGCCCAAACUGAAUUUCAAGGGUUACAUGGUUGGAAAUCCAGUAACUGAUCAUAAAUUUGAUGGCAAUGCUAUUAUUCCUUUUGUACACGGGAUGGGUCUUAUCUCCGAUGAAAUAUUUGAGAAUGUAACAAAAGAAUGUAGGGGAAAAUUCUAUGAACUAGGCAGCAAUGGUUGCACUCAAGUGUUGAUGAAUAUUGGAGAGAUACUAGACAAAUUAAACAUGUAUGACAUUCUAGAACCAUGUUAUCAUGGAGAGAAAGAGGAGAAUAAUGAAUCAUAUUCUAAGUUGCCAUUAAGCUUUAGACAAUUGGGCAAGACUGAUAGACCUAUGCCUGUGAGGAAAAGAAUGUUUGGACGUGCUUGGCCCUAUAGAGCUAUUGUGAAAGAUGGAUAUGUGCCAUCUUGGCCAGAACUUGAAAGCAAUAGUGGUGGUGCUCCUCCUUGCGUUGACGACGAGGUUUCUGUGAUAUGGCUGAACAAUCGUAAGGUCCGAAGAGCUAUUCACACUGUGAAGGAGAGUGUGGUCAAGGAGUGGGUUUUAUGCACGGGGAAAGUUAGAUAUGUUCAUGACAGUGGGAGCAUGAUUCCAUACCACAAAAAACUAACUUCCAAAGGAUAUCGAGCUUUAGUUUACAGUGGUGAUCAUGAUAUGUGUGUCCCAUUUACUGGAACAGAAGCAUGGACAAGAUCAGUUGGAUAUAAAAUUAUUGAUCCAUGGAGGCCCUGGUUAAUCAACAAUCAAAUUGCUGGGUUCACACAAGGAUAUGCCAAUAAUUUCACAUUUCUUACUGUAAAGGGAUCUGGACAUACUGUUCCAGAAUAUAAACCACAUGAAGCAUUUCAUUUUUACCAACAUUUUAUAAAUGGGUUGCCUAUAUAGGAAGCAGAUAAAUAGAGAAAGGGAGGGGUUAUACUGCUUCAUAAACAGUUCAAAUGUGUAUAAAGAAGAGAAAUUUUAUGUAUUAUUUAUUUGCAUCAUUGACUCUCAACCAUAUUAAUAAAAUUGUCUAUUUAAUAUUUUAAAA